ACCAAAGAGAACACUGUACAGUAAGAAGUAUGGAGUGGACCUCAUCAGGUACACACAUGCUGCCAACACUGUUGUGUACAGCUCCAACAAAAUAGAUGAUACAAUCCGAUACCUCUCCCUGCAUGACAACAAAUACAUUCGAUACUUCCCGGGGCACACAAAGAGAGUGGUUGCUCUUUCAAUGUCUCCAGUGGAUGAUACAUUUAUUUCUGGAUCCCUGGAUAAAACUAUUCGGCUCUGGGAUCUUCGCUCUCCUAAUUGCCAGGGUUUAAUGCAUCUCCAAGGGAAGCCUGUGUGUUCUUUUGACCCAGAAGGGUUAAUUUUUGCUGCUGGAGUCAAUUCUGAAAUGGUGAAGCUUUAUGAUCUCCGUUCUUUUGACAAGGGGCCAUUUGCUACGUUUAAGAUGCAGUAUGAUAGAACAUGUGAGUGGACAGGCCUGAAGUUCAGUAAUGAUGGGAAACUCAUCCUCAUAUCGACAAACGGUGGCUUCAUUCGGCUCAUCGAUGCCUUUAAAGGAGCUGUCCUGCAUACCUUUGGGGGUUAUAACAAUAGUAAAGCUGUCACGCUGGAGGCAUCAUUCACACCAGACUCUCAGUUCAUCAUGAUAGGUUCAGAGGAUGGGAAGAUCCAUGUUUGGAAUGGGGAAAGUGGGAUGAAGGUGGCUGUGCUGGAUGGGAAACACACGGGUCCUAUAACCUGCCUGCAGUUCAAUCCAAAAUUCAUGACUUUCGCUAGCGCAUGUUCCAAUAUGGCCUUCUGGUUGCCAACGAUCGAUGACUAAUUCCUACUCUGCAGCCGCUGUUGGAUGACUCCCAUACUGCUAACAGCAGCACAUCAUGCAAGCAUAGUAUUGGAAUUGCCUACAUCUCCUAGACUGUAUUCCUGUUCCUGUGUGUUUUCCAUGUCUUACCUUUAUUUGCUGCAUUCCCUUCUGAGGACCGCUCUGCUCAGCCUCCUGGCACAUUCAGAAGCAGCAUGUUACACAUUCUUACCUUCCAGUCUGUGCCCAGCAGGCUUCAGCCCAAGUUGGAACUGACAUAGUAUUAUUCUAAGAGCAGUGAAGCCUGUUUAAUUUACAAAAUGCUUGUGGCAUUUUU